UUCAAAGUAGCCCUGGAUUAAAGAACAGCAACUUCUUGUUAGAAGGUCUGCAGAAUGAGGAAUGUGUAGAGACCUCGCACGUGUGCAGAGGUGAAGCAUCAGCUCUCACUCACCUUGACGAAAUGCGGGGGGAAAAUGAGACACAGCCGGCGAGAUGGGACAGGGUGAAUAAAAAUUUUGCUUCAUUGCCAAGAAUAAGCAGAGACUCUGUGACACAGUACCUUCAGUACAGACCUGACCAAUCAGUGCUUAUUCUCCAUGCUAGAGUGGCCCAGAAAUCCUAUGGAAAUGAGAAACGAUUUUUCUGUCCUCCUCCUUGUGUAUAUCUCUGUGGAACUGGGUGGAAUCUUCUUAAAGAAUCAGGUCUCGACGAUUCUAGUGGUCGUGUGUGGGGGUAUAUGGGUCUGGAUGGCUCCCCUGGGACACAAGCAGACAACUUUAAGCUGAGCUUUGAAGAACAAACCGAAAGAAGGAUGUUUGCCUGCGCCAAAACACUGUAUAUCUCAGAUACAGAUAAGAGGAAACACUUCCGUUUGCUGCUUCGUUUGUUUCACAGUGGAGGGCAGGAGAUCGGCUCUUUCCAAAGUGGACUUAUUAAAGUCAUCUCCAAACCAUCACAGAAAAGACAAUCCAUGAAGAAUGCAGAUUUGUGUAUCCCAUCUGGUUCAAGAGUGUCACUUUUUAAUCGCCUGAGGUCUCAGACAGUCAGUACACGUUACCUUGCAGUGGAGGGUGGAACUUUUGUGGCGAGUGCCAGACAAUGGACUGCUUUUACUGUCAUUCUAGUGGAGGAUCAGCAGACUGACCGCAGUGAUUACUCUGUGUGUGAGAGCUAUAUCUGUUAUGGCUGUGUGGUUCAGCUGGUAUGCACCAUUUCAGGAGUUGCACUGCCACCCAUGGUGAUACGUAAGGUGAACAAGCAGCAAGCAUGCCUGGAUAUAGAUGAACCAGUGUCCCAGCUUCAUAAAUGUGCAUUUCAGCUCAGAAACAGCAAGCACAUGUACCUCUGCCUCUCCAAUGAAAAGAUCUUACAGUACCAGGCUUCUCCAUGUCCAAAGGAGAGUAAUCGAGAACUGUUGAAUGAUGGUUCAUGUUGGACCAUCACUGGAACAGAGGUUGUUGAGUACACCUUCAGUGAAAUCCUAACCAGUAGCCCAACUGUCAUCAGCCCCAUCCCUGUCAUUAAUGGACUGGAGUUGAAUGGAGGAGGCCAUGUGGCCAUGUUAGAGCUCCAUGGAGAAAACUUCAGCCCUUACAUAAAGGUCUGGUUUGGAAACAUGGAGGCUGAAACUAUGUUCAGAAGUCCGAGGUCUUUGGUGUGUGUUGUGCCUGACAUUUCAGUGUUUGGUGGAGAGUGGCGGUGGUUCAGGCAGCCCAUCACAGUACCUUUGUCUCUGAUACGAUUGGAUGGGAUGAUCUACAGAAGCUCAUUCACAUUCACAUAUACACCUGAGCACAGCUCUGCUUCUCAGCCAUGUGCUAUUGCUGAAAGGGCUGCCAACUCAGACACACUCAUUGACACUAUACACCAGGAGUUCACAAGAACCAAUUUUCACUUGUUUAUGCAGAGCUGACAGAGACUUAAUGUAAAAUACAAAAACCUAGAACUAAUUUUACAAACUCAUGUAACGUGUUUUCGUUUUGUCCAUGUUUUACAAUAAGCUGGACGUAUGUGGGAACCUAAAAAAAAAAAAAGGAAAAAAAAAAACAGAAAUAACAAAGCAUUCUCAAGACCAAUUAAUCUGCAAAAUACUGCAACUUUAGCAAAUGGAAAUAACUUAAGUUGAAUUUUGCCUUAAUUAUUUUUUGAGAAGAUUACUUUAUAUUAAAUGUUACUUUUACAGUUUAGGAAUUCACAAACAUUCAUGCAACUGACUGUAGAAAUUGAAAAAAAUCACAAAACAGCUUGGAAUCAUUAUAGGUGCAGUGCUGGAGCAAGAUUUUAGAAUGACACAAGUAGAAUAUGGGUUAUUUGUGGGAUUAAUGCUAACAAAAAAAGUUCCGUUAAUAAGCUAGUUGUUGUGAACAAGAGUACUUAUCAUGUAAUGGAGAUGUAAUGUUUGAUCAUGGGAAUUGUAAUCGUUUUUUUCUUGAAAAUGAAUAUGUGCGUAGAAAGCAAUGUAAAAAAAACCUUAUUUACUACUCUUUAAAGAGAAACAACCCUUUUCAUAAAGUAGACAGAAAUCUAUGUGGAUAUUUUUUAAACCAUAUGAAAACAACUGUAAUAUUUUUAUUUGUGCAGCUAAUUUAUUGUGCAAAAGUUACAGUGCAUCCAGAAAGUAUUCAGACCCGCUUCACGUUUUUUUUUUUUUUUGGUUAUGUUACAAAUUCUUUUUUUCUUAUUAAUCAUCACUCAGUACCCCACAGAGCUGGCAGAACAUCAUUCACUCAAGUAGAAGUACAGAUACUCAUGUUUUAAAAGACUCUGGUCAAGUAAUGACUACACUUUUACUUUUACUUACAUUAAUAUAUUAAUACAAAACAAUUAAUUUUUUUUUUACCUAAUGAAUAUAUCCAGGAUGAGCAAAGACUAUAUAAAACACAAGCAGAGAAAAGAAGAUGAUGAUCAGGUGAUCAGGAAUGUCUCUGUACUAAGUCAUGUUUACAUCGCUGAUUCCCUCUGUCUUAUCCACAUUAGCCCCAUACUUCUUGUUGGCUUCUGUUGCCUUGCUCAUUAUUAGCUUUAUCUGUGAUGCAUUAUAGCCAGUAAAUGAUACACCAGUGGUAUGUCAAAAAGCCAUGACAAGAAAUAGGUUGAUGGGCUUUAAAAU